AUGUCCGAAAAGCAGAACCUUCCACCGCCAGUAGACCCGGAAUGGCAGGGUCAAUAUUCCUAUCAUCGUCAGAUAGAAAAUGAACACUAUCAACGACUACCAGGAGACGCGAGGAAUAGUCUGAUAAGGAGUAGAACGAAUCCUCCUGCUUCCACUGCGCACCAGGGCCAAGGGCAGAACUACAAAAGAGAAAUCGCGUCCCAGGAACCGGCAAAUCACAUAGAAAACUCAGCACUACGACGAAACCAGCAAAUGUCCUCUACAUUUGGCAAUACGAAUACAGGCUUAAAACUAGACCCUACCGGCCGUGACGCUUUGGGAAUGGAGGCAUUCGCUUAUCCCCGACUGACAGAUGGAAACAGUCUGUAUAGAUCUCACACUGAUCCAGUUUCAGGCACUGAGAUAAGCCAGUCCGACAGAGACGAUAAGGACCUCAGCCUUCACCAGGACGUUGAGUUAGAUGUGGAGGACGACGACGUUGAUGAUAACGAACGAGACCUUCUCUCCCAGCGUCAAACGGUAGCAGAGCGGCUUGCAGCACGACGCAAGAUGAAAAGAUUUCGACUCACACACCAGCAAACCAGAUUUCUGAUGAGCGAGUUUGCAAAACAGCCCCAUCCCGAUGUCACCCACAGAGAGCGCCUAUCUAGGGAAAUUCCUGGAUUGAGCCCUCGACAAGUCCAAGUCUGGUUUCAAAAUAGGCGUGCCAAAAUCAAGCGCCUUACGGCGCAUGACCGCGACAGAAUGAUUCGCAUGCGGGCAGUUCCGGACGACUUUGACAAUGUACAGGCACUGCAUUCACCUUAUGGUGCAUCUACUUACAUUGGGCCGCCAAUGUCAUCAUCGAAUCUGGCAUCUAUGACCAGCUCCUUUGGAAAUCACGGGGUCAGGCCUGUAAUGGUUGACAUGAGGAGGCCUGGCGGAGAGGCAUACAUUUCUCCCACAGGCCUCUCACAUUCAUUCGGUGGCAUCGACAUCGGCCACUCAGGCGCUAUGGCUAGCUCCGACAUGGUGUCUCCAUCGAAUCCGAUUUACCACGACCGAUACGUUACCAGUAGCCCUUCUGCCGCAUCUACCCCUGGACUAGGACACUGGACUCCGAAUGCCUACUGGGGCUCUACUCCAGGCAGCAUGGAAAAUGCAUCGCAAUUUGGUCGACAAGGGCUACGAGACUCAAAUUCAGUACAAGGCAGGGAUUGGAACUCUCGACACGCGUCUGAUAUGGCGCAAACGCCAAUGAGUCUCUACGGCGGUGGGACACCUGUGUCCAACUCGACGGAAAGGCAAAUGAGUUAUCCUACCUCCAACACAAAUUCUACAGCGGGAAGCUCGUUUGGAGGUUACGAGGUGCAAGCUUAUUCCAACCACGCGGGGAUGGCAAGUCGAGGAACGGGGCAUUCCGCAGAAUUGGAAGAGACUGGCUCGGCUCGGGUUCGGACCACUUCCGCAUCAGCUCCGUCAUCACUAGCUACAGAUAUCGCAUGUAGAGACCCGUUACGAUCCUCGAGAUUGGCACCAGUGUCCGGUCCACAGCAGGAUAGACCGCAGGGGCUGCCGUCACUGAAGUCAGACACGUCACCAUCCACGGCAAGGCACACGCCCGGCCCAUUAUCAGCACCUCUGGACAUGUCUACACCGCAAUCAUUUCGCCUGCAGACGGACAAGCCUAGAGAAUAUUCCUCUUCGCAGCUUAGCGCGCCGAUCACGGCGACGAGCGACGUCCAUCGAAACUUUCAUUCGCCGUCCUCGAAUCGAAAUACCAGCACCGGUCCGCUAAAGGAUUUGUUUGGGCACGGUGUGUUGUAA